ACGGUGUAAUUUUCGUUCAAUCCAGUUGUCAAUAUAUACGCAGUGUUUUCUCCACGAAUUUAUCCACGUAUAUUUUCUAAUUUUCUUUAAAAAUGGUUUAUGUGAAAAAUUGGGACGAUUUCGAGAUUGCAGCGGAAAAUAUGUACAUGAGGAAUCCACUGAGGAGUCGAUUUUCCAUGAAAUACAUCCAUCACAAGGGACAACUUCUCCUGAAAUUGACCGACAACAAUAAGUGUGUUCAGUACAAGACGGAGGUGAUGCCAGAUUUGCGGAAAAUAGAGAAAUUCACGGGGAACAUUAUGGGCCACAUGGCAUCGAACGAAUAAGAAAACGAAACGCUUGUACAAUUUCCACUUGUUUGAAGAACUGCAUUCUCCCGAUGGUGAUCUAAUGGUUAAUAUGAAUAAAUGAUGUUCUGAAAUA